AUGAAUACUUUUUUUCAAGCUAGACCUUCCAACUCAGCAAAUGUUCACGAAGAAAUUCCUCAGCCAUGGAUCGAGAAAUAUCGACCAAAAUCUAUGGAUAGUAUUAGUGCUCAAGAACAAACUGUGGCGGUACUUAAAAAGACUAUUGAAUCUCAAAAUCUACCUCACAUGUUAUUUUACGGACCUCCGGGAACCGGCAAGACAUCCACAAUUUUAGCAUUAGCUCGAGAACUUUAUGGUCCAAAAUUGAUGAAAACUCGAGUCUUGGAGUUGAAUGCUUCAGAUGAACGUGGAAUACAAGUUAUUAGAGAUAAGGUGAAAAAUUUCGCACGUACAGCAGUUAGUAAUCGUAGAGAAGCUGGUGAUUAUCCGUGUCCACCUUAUAAGAUUAUAAUUCUAGAUGAAGCUGAUUUGUUGACACAAGAUGCUCAGUCAGCUUUGCGGCGCGUAAUAGAAAAUUAUUCUAAAGUUACGCGUUUCUGUCUCAUCUGUAAUUAUGUGACACGGUUCAAACCUUUGGGCAUUUCAAACACCGUAUCACGACUCAAAAUGAUUUGCGAACAAGAAGUAGUAAACUGUAACCCACAGAUUUUGAAAGAAUUAGCAAAACUAUCUGAAGGAGACCUAAGAAGGGCUAUAAUGUAUCUUCAAAGUGCAUCUAAGCUUCACAAGGAGGAAAUGAUUACAUCAGAAUCAAUACGAGAAAUUGCAGGGGUUGUUUCAGACGAUUUAAUUAAUAAUUUAAUUGAAACCGCAAAAAGUGACAAAAACAAAGGUGGAAACGAAAUACAACUCGAAGAGGCAGUUGUUGAAAUUAUGAAUUCCGGAUUUUCAGCUAUUCAAAUAUUAUCUCAGGCCAGAAUUGGCGAAUUUAUAGGUCAAUUUGAUAAAUAUUUAGCGGACGGAACUGAUGAGCAUUUAGUUAUUACGAAUUUGAUCAGAGUUAUUGCGGAUACUAGCUAA